UCUUCCCCUCCCCCCGCCGCUUCCCUCCAAACCCGACCAAAUUUCACCCGAAGAUUCCUUCCGGAGAAGCGAACCCGACCAGAAAUUGACCCCCCCUCCCCCCCCCCCCCCUGAGAAAGCUCGAUCCGAGGACGAAUCAGACCCCAAUCUGCUGAAGCCUAGCGAUGGGAAUCCCUGUCCGAUCUCUCCUCGUCGCGUCGAUCGUCCUCAGCUCGAUCGCCCUGCAUGUCGCGGCGGCAAAAAACUUGGAUCCCUACAAGGUUCUUGGGGUUGACAAGAGUGCCAGCCAACGGGAUAUUCAGAAAGCGUUUCACAAGCUUUCUCUAAAAUAUCAUCCAGACAAGAAUAAAAGCAAGGGGGCGCAGGAAAAAUUUGCGGAAAUAAACAAUGCAUAUGACAUUCUGUCUGAUGAAGAGAAGAGGAAAAAUUAUGAUCUCUAUGGAGAUGAAAAGGGUAACCCAGGAUUUGGUGGUGGAAAUUUUGGAAAUCGUGAGGGCUACACAUACUUCACUGGUGGUGGCGCCAAGACUAGCCAUUUCUCAUCUGGUGAUGGAUGGCAAACGAUGGGCGGCCAGGGAAAUACAAAAACAUUUUCCUUUUCAUUUGGUGGUGGUAACCCUGGUGCCGGUGGAGGAAACCCAUUUAACUUUGAUUUUGGUGAUGUUUUUUCCAACAUAUUUUCUGGUGGAUCAAUGGGAGGUAGUCAGCAUACUGGAUCUGCUGGCAAAGCCAGACGUGGUACAAAAUCUUCUGGUCAUGAUUCUAGUUCUGUCAACAUUCAGGAGGUCACGAUGCAAAUUUUCAAUAAAGAAACAGCUGAUCAAGGAAUCACUUGGCUUUUGUUAUUCUAUACACCAAACACAAAAGGUCAAUUUGUGCUAGAAAGUGUCGUGGAGGAUGUAGCUCGUUCACUGGAUGGUGCACUGAGGGCUGGUAAGGUAAACUGCGACCAUGAAAAGGCACUUUGCAAGAAGGCUGGUGUCUCAAUAGGAAAAUCAGCUCGUCUCUUCAUUUAUUCAUACACAACUACAGAAAAAGGGUCUUUGCAUGAGUACUCAGGAGAUUAUGAUUCUAAGAGCCUGAAGACAUUUUGUCAAGAACACCUGCCAAGAUUUUCCAAAAGGGUAGACAUCAACCAAUUCAGCUUCCCCUCAAAUAUCAUACCAAACCUUCCUCAAGUGCUCCUACUGUCAGCUAAGAAGGACACACCAGCAAUGUGGCGUGCUGUUAGUGGGAUGUUCCGCAGUCGAUUAAUUUUCUAUGAUGCAGAGGUCCAGGAUGUUUCUCAUCCACUCCUCAAAAGCCUUGGUGUGAAGAAUAUUCCAGCUCUAAUUGGUAGGUCCGUUAAUGGUGAGGAACAACUUCUGAAGGAUGGCAUUUCAGUGAAAGAUCUCAGAUCUGGUAUCAAAGAAUUGAAGAAUCUGCUCGAAAAUUUUGAGAAGAAGAAUAAGAAGCUUGCAUCAAACCAAGCUAAGAAACCUGCUCACACAGAUCAACCAAAAGAAAACAAAAUUCCUCUCCUCACUGCUUCCAACUUUGAGGAGAUUUGUGGUGAGAAGACAUCAGUAUGUAUCCUUGGCAUUUUCAAAUCAAGCAAAGCUAAGGAAAAUCUUGAAGCCGUCCUGUCUGAGAUAUCUCAGAAGACUCUGAUAAGGGGGCAGAACUACAACUCUGGGAACGCAGUUGCUUAUGCUUUGUUGGACGGGAACAAACAGUCCGCCUUCCUGUCCACGUUUGACAAAUCAGCAUUCAAGUCGUCUGAUAAACUUCUCCUUGCCUACAAGCCCCGACGGGGUAGAUAUGCUGUGUAUGACAAUGAGGUGACUAUGGAAGAGGCUGAAAGGUUCGUGGUUUCUGUUUUGAAUGGAGAUGUUCAAUUGUCUGCAGCCGGACGAAAACCAGUUCUUAGGUAGAGCCGUAGAGGCUAUCUCUGCAAUUGCAAACCUUGUUUUCUUGGGAACGAUUGCAAGUAAAGUGUAUAUAUAUAGUUCUUAUAGUGUAGUACCUCCUUAAGGAGGUAACUUGGGAACGUUUUCUGCUUGUACAUAGCUGAAUCUGAUUGGAAUGAAGAGAGUAAAAUAUUCUGCAGUCGGCACUUUUGUUGUGUCAUGAACUGGAAUACCCUGACAUGGGGCAGUCGGCACUUUUGUUGUGUCAUGAACUGGAAUACCCUGACAUGGGAGAGAUCACUCCCCCUGUAACAUGAGCUGUUUUGAUGUCAAAGAACUCAAAUCUGGAUAACAUGAUCGAAGUGCGUUUUUUUUCC